GCGAAGGGGGAGAAUAACGUCGGGUCGGGUCAGCGGGCGCUGCAGUAGUCGCCGCAGCGGCGAUGGGAGCGGUGGGGACGAGGCGGCGGCGGCGGCGGCAGGAGGAGGAGCAGAGGCUGGCACAAGAGCAGCGGCUGGGGGCGGCCAGCAGCAGCAUUAAGAGCAGCCGCCGCCACCGGCAGUAAAAGCGGACGGUACCCGAGGGGACUACCCAGCCGGCAGUCCCUCGAAGCCGCGCUCAGGUCCCGCCGCAUUCGGCGGCGGGGGAUGGGCAGGCGGCGGCGGUCCCGCCUGCUGAGGGUUGGUCCCUGCCGGUCCUGGUCCUGAGCUGGACCCGAGCCCUCCGCCCGAAAUCCCUGCGUCUGCCACGGCCCAGGUUAAAUGGAAACCACCCUCGGGAGCUGGAUGCCUGUGUAGCUGUUCUGUCACAUCAGUGAAUUGCAAUGAGUGGAGGAGGAGAGCAGCCAGAUAUUCUCAGUGUUGGAAUCUUGGUCAAAGAAAGAUGGAAAGUGUUGAGGAAGAUUGGGGGUGGGGGCUUUGGAGAAAUUUACGAUGCCUUGGACAUGCUUACCAGGGAAAAUGUUGCACUGAAGGUAGAAUCAGCUCAACAACCAAAACAAGUUCUGAAAAUGGAGGUUGCUGUACUGAAAAAACUACAAGGGAAAGACCAUGUUUGUAGAUUUAUUGGCUGUGGGAGGAAUGAUCGAUUCAACUAUGUGGUCAUGCAGUUGCAGGGUCGGAAUCUGGCAGAUCUACGCCGUAGCCAGUCCCGGGGCACAUUCACCAUUAGCACUACUCUUAGGCUGGGGAGACAAAUUCUGGAGUCUAUUGAGAGCAUCCAUUCCGUGGGAUUCUUGCAUCGAGACAUCAAACCAUCAAACUUCGCCAUGGGUCGCUUUCCUAGUACAUGUAGGAAGUGUUACAUGCUUGAUUUUGGCUUGGCUCGACAAUUUACCAAUUCCUCUGGUGACGUCAGACCACCUCGAACUGUGGCAGGCUUUCGAGGGACGGUUCGUUAUGCAUCAAUCAAUGCUCACCGAAACAAGGAAAUGGGAAGACAUGAUGACCUUUGGUCCUUAUUCUACAUGUUGGUGGAGUUUGUGGUUGGUCAGCUGCCUUGGAGAAAAAUAAAGGACAAGGAGCAAGUAGGUUCUAUUAAGGAGAGGUAUGACCACAGGCUUAUGUUGAAACAUCUUCCUCCAGAAUUCAGCAUCUUUUUGGACCACAUCUCUUCUUUGAAUUAUUUUACAAAACCAGAUUACCAGCUUCUGACAUCCGUCUUUGACAAUAGCAUCAAGACCUUUGGAGUAAUUGAGAGUGAUCCUUUUGACUGGGAGAAGACUGGAACUGACGGUUCUCUAACCACCACCACUACUUCUACCACCCCUCAGCUGCACACUCGUCUGACCCCUGCAGCAAUUGGAAUUGCCAAUGCCACUCCCAUCCCAGGAGACUUGCUUCGAGAAAAUACAGAUGAGGUGUUUCCAGAUGAACAGCUUAGUGAUGGGGAGAAUGGCAUCCCUGUUGGUGUGUCACCAGAUAAAUUGCCUGGAUCUUUGGGGCACCCACGUCCCCAGGAGAAGGAUGUCUGGGAAGAGAUGGAUGCCAACAGGAACAAGAUAAAGCUUGGAAUUUGUAAGGCUGCUACCGAAGAUGAGAACAGCCAUGGUCAAGUAAAUGGUAUUCUGAAUGCUCCAAGCCUUGGUUCACCAAUUCGUGUCCGCUCAGAGAUUACUCAGCCAGACAGAGAUGUUCCAUUGGUGCGGAAGUUACGUUCUAUCCACAGCUUUGAGUUGGAAAAGCGUCUAACACUGGAGCCAAAGCCAGAUACUGACAAGUUUCUUGAGACCUGCCUGGAGAAAAUGCAGAAAGAUUCCAGUGCAGGAAAGGAAUCUGGUCUCCCCGCUCUGCUUCAUAAACCCUGUGUUCCUGCUGCGUCCCAUGCUGACCGCAUCUGGCACUACGAUGAAGAAUAUCUUCCAGAUGCUUCAAAGCCUGCCUCUGCCAACACCCCUGAGCAGGCGGAUGGAGGUGCCAGCAAUGGAUUUAUAGCAGUUAACUUGAGCUCCUGCAAGCAGGAGGUUGAUUCCAAAGAAUGGGUGAUUGUGGACAAGGAGCAGGACCUUCGGGACUUCAGGACAAAUGAGGCUUUAGGCCAUAAAACAACUGGAAGUCCUUCUGAUGAGGAGCCUGAAGUACUUCAAGUCCUGGAGGAAUCGCCUCAAGAUGAAAAGCUCCUCCUGGGUCCUUGGGCAGGAGGUGAUCAUUUAAAGAAAGAAACCUCAGAUGUGGUCUUAGCACUUUCUGGGGAAUGUCCUGCCACUGCCACUCCGGAGCUCCAGGCUGGGGCUGCUAGUCACUUUAUUGCAGUGACACCCACAAGUCCGAUGGAGGCGCAGGCAGAAGGCCCCCUCACCGCGAUUACAAUUCCUAGACCUUCUGUGGCAUCCACACAGUCAACUUCAGGAAGCUUUCACUAUUGUCAGCAGCCAGAGAAGAAAGACCUUCAGCCUCUGGAGCCCACUGCAGAACUUUACUCUCCAAGGGAGAACUUCUCUGGUCUAGCCGCAACAGAGGGCGAACCUCCUACAGACUUGGGGCUUCAGAUAGAUCAUAUUGGUCAUGACUUGUUACCCAGUAUUAGAGAGAGUAACAAAUCUCAAGACCUAGGACCAAAAGACAUCGCUGACCAUAACAGACUGGCUGUGAGAGGAUUUGAGAGUCUCCCUAGGGAAACGGAAGAGAAAAGCAUUCUUCUAGGAUCAGAUAAUGAAGAUGAGAAGCUAAGUAAAGGGCAGCAUUAUAUUGAGAUCACCUCUCUUCCAGGAGACUUGGUAACUGUAGAAAGGGAUCACUCAGCUACUACUGAACCUCUUGAUGUGACAAAGACGCAAACUUUUAGUGUGGUGCCAAAUCAAGACAAAAAUCAUGAGAUAAUGAAGCUUCUGGCAGUUGGAACUUCAGAAAUUUCUCCACAAGUCAUUGACCCACAGGUUGAAGGACAAAUAGGUCAGGUGGCAGCAAUGCAAAAAAGUAAGAUACCUAAGGAUGAUGACAUCAGGGGUGAAGACUUUCCAGGGCAUCAGGGAGACCUGUGUACUUUUUUGCACCAAGAGGAUAAGAGAGAGAAAAUUGCCCCUAGAAACGGAGAAUUAUUUCAUUGUGUUUCAGAGAGUGAACAUUGUCCCCCAUCCCGGAAGGAUGUGGUUAGGUCAUCUUUUGUAACUAGACACAGCCGAAUCCCUGUUUUAGCACAAGAGAUAGACUCAACUUUUGAAUCAUCCUGUCCAGUCUCUGCAAAAGAAAAGCUCCUCCAAAAGAAAGCUUAUCAGCCAGACCUAGUCAGGCUUCUGGUGGAAAAAAGGCAACUCAAAUCUUUCCUUGGGGACCUCUCAAGUGCCUCUGAUAAAUUGCUAGAGGAGAAACUAGCUACUGUUCCUGCUUCCUUUUCUGAGGAGGAAGUCUUCACUCCCUUUUCAAGACUGGCUGUAGACUCGCACCUGAGCAGAUCAGCCGAAGACAGCUUUCUGUUACCCAUCAUCUCCCAGUCCAGAAAGAGCAAAAUUCCAAGGCCAGUUUCAUGGGUCAACACAGAUCAAGUUAGUAGUGCAACUUCAGCUCAGUUUUUGCCUCGGCCACCACCUGGCAAGCCCCCUGCGAGGCCUGGAGUAGAAGCCAGGCUCCGCAGAUACAGAGUCCUAGGGAGUAGCAAUUCGGAUUCAGACCUUUUCUCCCGCCUGGCCCAAAUUCUUCAAAAUGGAACUCAGAAACCCCGGAGCACUACUCAGUGCAAGAGUCCAGGAUCCCCUCACAAUCCAAAAACACCACCCAAGAGUCCAGCUGCUCCUCGCAGGAGUCCCAGUGCCUCUCCUCGCAGCUCUUCCUUGCCUCGCACAUCUAGUUCCUCACCAUCGAGGGCUGGACGCCCCCACCAUGACCAGAGGAGUUCAUCCCCGCAUCUGGGGAGAAGCAAGUCACCGCCCAGCCACUCGGGAUCUUCCUCCUCCAGGAGGUCCUGCCAACAGGAGCAUUGCAAACCCAGCAAGAAUGGCCUGAAAGGAUCCAGCAGCCUCCACCACCACUCGGCCGGCACUAAAGCGCCCCCAGGGAAGAGUAAGUCCGCCAGCAAACUCAGCAGAUAGGAGCCGGGCUGCAUCUCUGUGAAAGGUGUGAGAUCUCCCUCCUGAACCUGAUGCAUGUGUGUCCCUGUACUGUCUAUUUUAAAAAAUCAGUGUUGAUCAUCUCUUGCAAAAGAAAGUAACAUGAUAAAUUAUUUAUAAGAAGACAUAAAUAUAUGAUAAGGAAUUACCUAAGGCAGGCAGCAAGCAGAUCAGGAAUCAAUGCCUUUGCGUAGGAAGAGGGCAAUCCAGCAAAAUCCAAGGGGGAGAUUAAAUGAACUCUCAUUUUGUAGCUGCCUUUGAAACAAAAGAGUUGAAGGAAGGAGAUGGAAUGGAAUUUUAAGGGUUUGGACUGUUUGUUUGUUUUUUUUAAGGCAUUGAUCAAAGAUUAUAUAGCAAAAGUGAAACUUUUUAAUAUUUUUAUUCAAACUUCCCAACCUUGGAGAAUUAGAAUUGCUCUGAUAUUAGGACAUGGAACAAGCCUGCUGCUGGAGAGCCAGUGUUCAUACACACGUGGCUUGUGUGUUUAUCUAGUGUCUGGAGAGUUCACACUUUUACUUUGCCUCAUACCUAUUACCCUUCCUGGAUUUCACAGUUUUUAGUUAGUGUAUCUCACCUGAUGCAGUUUCUCUAGUCUUAUUUUAACAGUACAUUCUAAUAUGCUUUUAGCAGCACCUGAUGAAAAUUCCAAACCUGAUUUUUUUUUUAGUCCUCUAAUAUUUUUCUGUGGAGCGGCAGUUGUCAGUAUAUUUUUAUUGUGAAAAAGAACUACUGAAACUUAGGUAAAGGAAGAAGCCUCAGUAGAGCUCCUUUCCAGGCUUUAGUGCUUUAGGGGGAGAGGGACAGAGGAAGGCUGGUACCUUCAAGACAGAAGAACCCUCUUCCCUCUGUUUCCUCCUUGUGGACGGAAGGCCCCCCAGAGCAGACCUGCUUGCUCAGGUCUUCUGGGUGCCAGCUAUUUUCAGUACCCACCUCCAAGACGAUACCAGGGAAAUACAGUGCUGUGGAGUGUGACUUUAUGCUUUUAGAGAUUCAGAAAGAAAAAUAGAAAUUAGGUACGUUACUGAGGCUUAUAAUCCUCAAACUUUGUAUUUUAUACAUUUAGCCAAUAAGGAAAUAAAUUUAGGCUCAGUAUUCAUCUUCUAAUGUUUUAUUACUUGCUUCUCUCAUGCUUUAGUUUGAAUAUUUGGGCUUUUGGACCUGAUUUCCUUAUAACCUCAAUUUAUAAAACUGUGAGGAGGAGCAUAUUCUGAUUUCACUCUUCUGGAAACAGGAAUCAGGCAAAAGUAAAUUAUGCUAGAUUUUUCAAAUGGGCUCUUUUCUACUCUGUAGGUGUUUUGUGUUGUAAAGACCUUAUUGAGGUCAGGUCAGUUGGUCUGCUUGCUGUUGAAAUUUGCCUUCUAGCAAACAUCUGUGCUUUCUCUUUGACCUUGUGUUUGCUGCCAAAGCUUAACAUGGUUGAAUUGGAAAACAAGAAAAAAAAAAAGAAAGUAUAUUUCCUCACCAAGUGAAUACAUUCUUAAUGCUGCAUCAAAGCUGCCCUGAAGCUGCACUGAACUCUCGUUCUCUUUAUCUGUGUUGAGCUUUUUUAAAAAACAAAAAACAAAAAACAAAACAAAACUCAAAGCACUAUUGAGUCCUAUACGAUCUCCCAUAAGAAAUGUAGCAUAGUGUGGAAUCUUAAUUUCUCUCCGGUUUCAAGCACUACAGAGGAAUGCAAUAGAUACGACAUAUUUGCUGUUUAACUAAAGCAUCUGUAAUAUUGGAAGACCAAUCUUUCUGUAUUAUAUUGUAUAAUAGUUGCUGUAACACUACUUGCAUGUCUUCAUGGUAAAUGAUAUAAAUAUUUAUAAAUAUAUAGAGAAACAUAUGCUUAUAUAAACUCAUUCUUUCUCAUUCUCCAUUUGUAAUUUCAAGACCACAGAUGGUGAAAUUCCUUUUUAUUGUGUGCCUCGCGUACACUUGGGCUUUGCCUGUCUUCAUUUUCUGAAAAUACGUUCUUGGCAUGGGACACUUCAGAUUCUUCUUGCCUUCUUUGUGUAAUAAUGCAAGGGUUGGCAGCCUUCAAGCCAAGAUAGGUUACUUAAUUUUCACUUUUAAGAGAUUUUAAUAGGGGAAAAAAUUACCGGGACAUAUUUAUAAUACUGGUUCAAAAAUUUGUCAUGUUGAUCACAUAAUUCUGUCCUUGUGGUUAAAGGGGAUAAACUGGGAUGAUAAUCAUGGGUCUGACAUAAAUUGAUUUUUUAAAAAUGUCUUAAAGUUGCCAUUCUACAUUUCCUCUUUUCAUCUCACAAUUUUUUGGGUGUUGAGGGAGUGGAGUAAUCUAUGAUUAAGGAAUUAUCUUUUUUCUGUUUUAUUAGCUAAAUUGUGCUAAGAGUAGCCAGCAUUUUAAAUCCUGACUUCUGUCAUCUGAAAUGUGCCAGUCAUCACUUUGGGAAAGCUGAUGAGGCUACAAGUGUGGUGUGUGUGUUACUUUUUAUUGGCAUUUCUCUUCUAGCCGUCAAAACAGACAGCGAUGGCAACAUGGUGAUUGGUUGUUUUCUAUGGUUUCUUGCUUUUCUCCCAACUUUUCCAUUGUGUUGCCCCCUUUUCUAAAUGGUCCUGAUGAACUCCAGAUCCAGAGAAAAGUAGCCUCAGUGUAUAAGAAUAUUCUAUUUUGCAUGUAGAGAAAAGAGUUAACCAAAGAUGUUUCUGCUCUGAUACUUUCAAAAGAAAACAGACUAGUUAUAGCUUAUGUAUCAAUAGGUCCCUAAAAGUACGAGCCGAUACAGAGGUCUACUUCAUGGUUUUUAAAAGCAGAGUGUGUGCUUUUAGAUGUUCGAUGUCUCAGGCUAAAAAGAGAAGUUAGCAGCCCUGAGCAAAGCAAUUUUGGCCCAAAGAUUUUUGUUUUUGUUUUAUUUUAAGGUUAUGAUAUGGGGUAUGGGUUGGUUAUUUGUUGGUUGGUAUAGUUUUAGUUCCUUUUGUUUUAUUUAUUUGGGGGGUUUUUUAGUAUUGGCAUAUUUCAGAUCUCAGUGACAAACAUAGAUCAACCAAGCAAUUUUAAAUCAGUUUGAUUAUUCUACCUAAGAUGAAAGACAUGGCCUUUAAAGUCAAGCCGGACUAUACUAAAUGUAGUACGGGGCAAAUGUUAAAAUUCUCUUUUGGAAACCAAGUGCUUCCUGGUUUCUCCUCUCACAACAAAAUGGCAACCCCAGUCACACUUGCCCUUAACAGCACCACGUCUAGGCUCUGGAACCACGUGUGGAGCAAAAAUGGAUUAGCACUAGCUCAGUCCCUGUAGGUAGCACUCUUACAUUACGCUGCCAAAUCUCUGGGGUGUACAGACUGUUUGAAAUAUUAAAAUUUCACCUGAGAAUCUUUUGCGCAGCAUAAAGGCCUUUAAAGUAUGGUGAACAAGGGAAAGUCGGAUCAUAUCGAGCGUAAGCUCAAAGCACAGACUGUAAACAUCUUUGAAUGGUAAGUCUCAGGCAGGGCUCUCAUUCCCAGCUUGGUAUGCAAGCUGGCCUUGCUGACUAAGGGCACCACCAUAUUUACUGUUUCUUAAGUUGCAUGUUGUGAAGUGAAUGUUUUUUGUAAAAGUUGCCAAGUCCAUCCAGUUCUAAAUAAGUAGCAAAGUGGUCAUUGAUACCCUCUGUUGUCAUUGUCCACUUGGUAUUAUUUGCUUUAAAGUACUAAGCAAAUCUCAGCUGCUUCCUGAUUCAGUGGACUAGUUAUGCAGGAUCCCUUUAUUUUCAGCUCCUAGCCACUAGGGGAACUUGAAGUUCUUUGGUAAUCAUCAGAGAUUCCUUCCAGGCCACAGAUUUUUAUGCAGAUGUUUCUACAGUUGCAUUCAACCUACAAGGAAAAAGUGUACAUUGGUGCAUGUUUUAUAAACCCACAUGCAGAUAGGUAAAAGUAUAAUUAGUUUUCCUAUACCCAGUAGCUUUGAAUUAAAAACAGCUGCUUUCCCCCCAGAGGAUUAUUUGUUCUAGAAACUACAUUCUUAAUCUAACAUUAGGAAUUGGUGAUAGGAGAAAAAGGAUCCAGAAUUCAGAAUUUAGUGGGUUAGGGGGAAAAAUGCUUCUUAUUCUGGCUAUUUGAAAAUAUAUUUGUAGAUAAGUCUAGAUUAAGUCUUGGAGAUGAAAGUUUUCACAUUUUAAAACUUUUUUCAUUCCUUUAGAUCUAUCAAAACAUGGCAUAUGUUAGGGAACCUUUUCUUCUGUCGUGUUCAUGUAUUUUGGAGUUAACUUGUUUGCAUUCACUCUUUUAUAUUCUGCCCAUUUCUGUUUAUGUGCAUUUAUCACAGAUGUUUUGGGACAUUGCUUAAAGGGAGACAUUUUGGCACCUGUAGGACUGAGGAGCCGGAAUGGUUGAUGACGGUGGCAUUGUUUAACUUCCUUGAGUUUUGGGUCUGUACAGUUUAUUUGCAGAAGAGUUACUUAUCUAUGUUUUAACACAAAAGGUAUUACAGGAUUGAGGCAUGUAACCAUGGUGGUAGUCUUCAUAUGUCACUAUUUACCCAAGUCUGAAUCCAGAGAUGCAGAUUUAGACCCUAACUUACAGAAGGGAACACGCAGCAGCUGCAGUCCUCAGGCCAGACGGGAGGACGUGGUGCACAGAAAAGACCAGGCACUUUUAGGACAUCGAGCUCCCCUGUCCUCAUCCUAUAGAACUCCGGUGUUCGCCUCGAGGGUGUGGGAGGAGCGUGGGAAUGUCGUAUCAUUGGAUUUCUCAGUAGUUUGGCUACCCCUUUGGAAUUGGGAGAAAGUGAUCCCACAUAAUUGUGGGGGCCUGCAGAGUGUGCUGCCAGCAGUGCCAGGGAGACCUGCAGGAGGCAUGUGGGGCAUCGCUGUGGUUCUCAAGUAACCCCAGGACAAGGGGCAAGGGUCCCUAUUAAUAUAAAGGGGAAUUUGGAUGUUGCACACCUCAGUCCCUGAGAAAUCUCUGGCUGGACAUGAAAUGAUGACAUUAGCAUCCUGGCCCAUCACUACAUUGCCUAAUUGAGUUGUGAUUAUCUGCUCUGACUUUUAAAAUGUAAGCUUUAUGUUUAAUUAUUCCCCUUGAGCUAAUUUGGAUCAGAAAUGAAAGUAUGUGACAAGAUCAGGAUCACUUUGUGGUUAUUAUAUACAAUCUUCACCAGCAAAUAACAUCUAGUAAUUUGAAUAUUUCCUUAUAUUUUGCUGGAUCUUUGGUCUUAAGGAGACAGGUAAACCAACUGAACCUUUCUUCCUUACCCUGUGAAACUCUGCCUCUUCAACUGGAAGUGACAGUAUGGGCACAGUGCAUAUCACUGGUGAUGCUGACAUGUCGCUUAGAUACCCUGGGCCAGUGGUUCUGGGUUCCUUGACCUACAGAGUAGGAUUCCAUAGCAAAUCUUUGAGCCCAUGUGAAUAUAGAAUUUACCGAUGACAUGAUUUUACACACUAAUGGUGGAUAGGAAUUUUACCUCUUUUCAGUAGUUUAAUACCAUUUCAUAUUGUAUACAAAAGUAUUCACUCACCCAGCUAAAAACAUUGAGCAAACCCAAGUUUUUAAUACAGACUAUCCUUGCCAUAUGAUGCUGUCUCCCCACCUUAUAAUACACGUUUUUAAACCCUUAAAAAUUCAUUCAGAGCACUUCACCCUAUCUGGAAUCUGGGUAUCUUCGCUCACGCGUAAGGGAUAAACAAGGCUACUAGAGCAUGAAUGUAAUUUAUUUUAGGGAGUAGCCCAGGAAGGGAAAGUCCUUAGGACUUUUCAAAACUACUUUCUUUUUAAAUGAUUCACAAGAUAGGUAAGUUAGUUCACUAAGGUAAAAAGCAUUCAAAAAUAUAGUUAGGAAGAUCCCACCACUGUGCCACCUGCAGCUCUGAAAUUAGAUUGAGCGAACUGAACAAAGAGAACAGAUCAGAUGACGCACGUUGAGCCCCUGCACUCCUCCCUCCUGCACAGUUCCUGGUCCACCUCCUGACUCCAUUCCUAAAACUGCCAGUGUCCGUUUCAUUGGGCCAUUUAUUUACAAGUUUAACAGCUUUGGGGAAACAUCUAGUGUUGACUAGAUCUAAUUCUUGAAAGUUAUGAACUCUUGGCAACUGUUAGAAUCAAUCACAAACCAGAAGAAUUUUCUUGUCAAGCAAGACCAGUAAGUUAGAAUAGAGGACUUUAAUAAUCCCACAGUUUUCUCCCUUUCUCCUUCCCCUCUUCAUGAAAUCAUUGAUGAGAAGUUGCUCUUUGAAAUACCUCCAAAGGUAUUGUAUUGUCCUUUUCCCUCCAAGCAGCCCUCUUUAUGCAUUUUUGCUCAGGCAACCAAGGACAUAAGAGUAUUGGCAGAAACACAGAGUGCUUUUGUAUAGGCCAUCUGUACAUAAAAGUGUAAUUAUUUAUUUAAUUUUCCCAUUUGUAUCAUAUAAAGCUUUGUACAGUGUUUUAAGUUCUGUUUUAAAAUUAUUUUGUAUUUUAUUUUUAUAAUCUAGUAAUAAAAUAUUCAUUCCGCAUGCAAACUCUAGUUCUGUUUGUGUGAUGGUUUGCUUUCACAAGUGGGAAAUAUUUUUCUGAUUUAAUAAAGUUAUUGAAUGCACCAGAGAUUACAAGAUCAACAGGGAACAGAAGGUGUUACUAUAAAUGUUGUAUCACAUCCAGAAGUGACCUAGAAAAAGAAGCGCUGGACUGUAUAGAAGCUAGGUGUACAGUAUCCCUGCAGAUAAAACAGAGUUGUGGAAUAUGAAGAGAUGGUUUCCCAUGUAAUAAAACUGAAGGUGAAGUAAUAAAACUGAGUAUUAAGA